GUCGCCGUCCGCAAACAAAACUCGCUGCCGAAGUUUGUUGGGUUGCUGUUUUUUUUUUCAUUCGCCAGUUCUCCCUUCUCUUGGGCUGUCGGACUUGGCGUGCGCGUUUGUGUGUGUGCAUCGGGGGCUCGUAGGAAUGUCUGCGGCGGCGGCGGAGCCGACGAUUCAGCAAGGCAAACUGUGCUUCGCUACUACGUGCGUCCCCACUAUGCUUCUAAUAGGAGACAGUCCGUCGUGUCUUCAGGAUGUGUGAUCUUCUUGUGCCGAUGUGACCCGAUCGGCGAAAAAAAAGUGCCCCGUGCGACAGAGGGAGCGUCGUGUGUGUGUGUGGUGUGUGCGUGCGCGAUUAUUUUUUUUUUCGGAGCGGGGGGGAUUACCCCCGUCCCGUCUGUAUCCGUCAUGGCUAAUCCACCCACGAGAAGGCAUGGAUCUAUGAAGAUCAGACUGACAGUGCUGUGUGCCAAGAAUUUGUGCAAGAAGGACUUCUUCCGUCUUCCCGACCCAUUUUGCAAGAUCAGCGUAGAUGGAUCGGGCCAGUGCCAUUCGACGGAUGCCUGUAAAAAUACUCUCGAUCCCAAAUGGAAUCAGCAUUAUGACCUGUACCUGAGCCGAUCGGACUCGAUUACGAUCAGCGUGUGGAACCACAAGAAAGUCCAAAAGAAGCAGGGAGCCGGCUUUCUCGGCUGUGUGCGCAUCAUGGCCAAUGCCAUACAGCAGCUCAAAGACACUGGCUACCAACGGCUAGACCUGAUGAGGAAUACGGCGGGGGAGGAGGGUGGGGACAUCGUUCGUGGCCAGAUUGUCAUCAGCCUACUCUCCCGUGACGGGCACGGCCUGGGAAGCCAGAACGUUGUGGUCGACAACAACCUGAGCGCUCUCGCUUGCCACGAGGACCUGCCGGAAGGGUGGGAGCAGCGGCGCACAGCGACCGGCCGCGUCUACUACGUCAAUCACUGGAGCCGCUCCACACAGUGGGAGAAGCCGCUCAGGCCCGCGUACGAAAUGGUCAACAUGGUCGCGCCUCUUUCCAACCGAAACAGCAUGCAUGUCAGUGGCAGCAUCAGCGCAGGCAGCGCGGCCAACUCUCGUGCUCAACGCCGGUCUCUGCCUCCGCCCGCGUCCUCCACGACCAACGACGAGAUGCAGCCUCCGCCUCCUCCUCCUCCUCAGGAUGAGGGCAACGGAGCACCACCAUCACCAUCUCCGCCGCCUGCGAGUUCUCCGCAGGCGGACACGCCUCAGUCUAACGCUCGGCGGCGGUCGACACGGCAUCGCAACUACCUGGCCCGCAACCAGCUUCAUAGGGCGGCUGACCUGCCCGAGGGAUAUGAGGUGCGGACGACGCAGCAGGGUCAAGUCUACUUCUACCACGUGGCAACGGGGGUGAGCACGUGGCACGACCCCCGGGUUCCCCGCGACUACCCCUCCGGCGACCUCGAAUCCCUGGGACCCCUGCCCCGGGGCUGGGAGAUUCGCUCGACUCCGACGGGACGCCUGUACUACGUGGACCACAACAACCGCACCACACAGUUCACCGACCCCCGGCUUCCUCUGCUGGGACUCGCGCCAGCUGCAAGGAGGGCGCUGCCCAUGUCACAGACAUCGUCGGCGCAAGGCCAGCACAUGUCUCCUGCCCACGCGUCGCCAGCGCCCUCUGCUCCGACCUCGAACAUGACCUCUGGAUCUUCGAACCUGACCUCAUCAAGCACGACAGGUCAGCCCAGUAUGGCUCAGACUGGUUCUUCCCGAGAGGCACCUCCGCCACCGCCACCACCUGCGAGCCAUCCCACUGUGGGACCACGUAGUCCACCUGGUCACCCCAACCCGUUGACGACGAACGCCAACCCGCCCGGUGGAGUCAUUCAACCUCACAUCAACAAUGUUCCUCCUCAACCACCGAGCAAUUCGGCGGUGUUGCCCCCACCACAGAGCCCCAUGUCGCCCAUCAACGUCAACGGGUUGCCGCCGGUCGUGCCUUCCAUGACGGCGGCCAACAAUCAUAGGAACAGCUUCUUUGGUGGUGGAGGUGGGGGUGGCGUACCCUACCUGGCGAACAACAGUCCCGCGCCAACGGUCACGAGUGCCACAUCGUCGUCGGCGCUCAUCAUGGAACGGUCGUCCUCGCCCGAGCUGUCCUGCCUGCCCAAGUACAAGCGGGACCUGGUGCAGAAGCUGACGACGCUGCGUCAGGAGCUGCAGACGGUGCAGCCCCAGUCAGGCCACUGCCGGCUGGAGGUCUCUCGGGAGGACAUUUUCGAGGAGUCGUAUCGGCUCAUCAUGAAGAUGCGUCCCAAGGACCUCAAGAAGCGGCUCAUGGUCAAGUUUCGUGGUGAGGAGGGCCUCGACUACGGUGGCGUGGCCAGGGAGUGGCUGUACCUUCUGUCGCACGAGAUGCUGAACCCGUAUUACGGCCUGUUCCAGUACACACGUGACGACAUCUACACGCUCCAGAUCAACCCUGACUCCUCGGUGAAUCCGGAACACCUGUCGUACUUCCAUUUUGUGGGCCGAGUCAUCGGUCUGGCUGUGUUCCAUGGCCACUACAUAGACGGCGGCUUCACGCUGCCUUUCUACAAAAUGCUGCUGGGAAAGCCCAUCCACCUGGACGACAUCGAGGCCGUCGACCCGGACCUGCACCGGAGCCUCACAUGGAUGCUGAAUAAUGACAUUGGAGACUACAUCGACACGACCUUUUCUGUGGAGCACAAUGCCUUUGGCCAGCUCCAGGUGCACGAACUCAAGCCCAAUGGCAAGGACCUGCCAGUCACGGACGACAAUAAGAAGGAAUAUGUCAGGUUGUUUGUGAACUACCGGUUCAUGCGAGGAAUCGAGCAGCAGUUCCUGGCGCUACAGAAGGGCUUCAGCGAACUCAUUCACCCAAACCUGCUCAAGUCCUUUGAUGAGAAGGAGCUCGAGCUGGUGAUCGGCGGGCUGGGCAAGAUCGACUUGGCCGACUGGAAGGCCAACACGCGGCUGAAGCACUGCACGGCCGACAGCAACGUGGUCAAGUGGUUCUGGCAGACGGUCGAGUCAUACAGCGAGGAGCGGCGAGCGCGGCUCCUCCAGUUUGUGACAGGCAGCUCGCGGGUUCCCCUCCAGGGUUUCAAGGCUCUUCAAGGUUCCACCGGAGCGGCCGGUCCUAGGUUGUUCACGAUACACAUGAUCGAUGCCAACACGGACAACUUGCCAAAGGCACACACGUGCUUUAACCGAAUCGACCUGCCUCCAUAUGAAACACAAGAAAAACUCAGCGAGAAGCUAACCCAGGCCAUCGAGGAGACUUGUGGAUUCGCCGUGGAGUGACUUUCAUCGCAUAGUUUCUUUUUAAAAUCUUCUGCAUCGGCCGUUGCGUCAUCUACGACAGAACAAGUGGCUGCACUGCCGCCUCGCCAUCAGAUGGCGCACCUGUUGGGCGUUCUCGAAAGCUGCUCGACAUGUCGACGCCAUGUCUUGUAACGAGACGUAUCGCCAAGCAAAACAGCUAUUGCAUCGUCUGACGUGUCCCAGUGUGUUUGGAUGUAUUGCAGAAGCCAUUGACUUAUCGCUUACUGGUGUGGCGCGUGUGUGUGUGUUUGUGUGCGCGAAAUUUUAGGUGAACAGUUGUACGGGUCUCUGUAUUGUUUGUCUUUACGUUGCAUUGCUUUUGGACCGCUCACCUUGUCGUGGCUAUUGAACGAUGCAUAUAUGUGUGCAUAUACUCGCAAUUGACUUGCACGAGAGAAAGAAAAGGUUAUCACGUGUGAUAAGAAGUUAUGUUAUCUGACAUAGAAUGACACAACAAAACGCAGUUGUCUUCUUUUUUUUUUUCAUACUGUCACUGCCAUCACAACAACAGAACAAUGAGGAGAGUUUUUCUAUCUCUGCCUCUUUCUUCUUCUUUUUUUUUUAUUUCAGAUUUUGCUUGGCAGGUGCUCCAUUCUCGGUUCAUUAAGUUUUUGCAUUGUACAAAGUUGUCCGCGCUAUUCCUCGUCUACGCUUUGUGGCAGAGGCACUUCCGCCUAGGAUUGCAUGGUUGGUGCUCGGUUUUCGAGCUCAGUCUUCUGCUCUAUGCAAGAUUGUCAAGGUUUGCAAGAAGAUUGGUGCACUCUUUUUUGUUGUUGUUAUUGUUGUUGUUCCACAUUGAUGCUGAGCAAGGAGCUCUUGAGAAUGAUGCUAUCUCAUUUCUGUACAUAGUCACAAUCCGUCGCAUGUCUAAAAACUUUGACACACACUUCGCUUCUCUUACUUUUUUGAGCCCGAACACAUCGUCUAGUUACAAAGCAAAUAGUCUUGUUUACUGCUAAUUGCUUUAAUUGACUUGGUAUCUGUUCUGUUUGUAAUUUGCUGCUGUACUGUAUCGGGCAUGUUGUCUUUUGUAAAAGAAAAAAAAAA